AGUUACCUUCACAGAUACACAGAGACACUGCUUUCUGAUCAUCAUGGAAUGGGAAUUUGCCUCUCAUUGUAAAUUGCAUAUAUAAGAGCAUCUGCAUUCCAGUUGUGACUAUAUCAAGAUAUAUUCCUUCUUGAACAGAAUCUGGCUGGAAGUUGAACAUGGCAUUUCAUUCUCUAUGGAAGGCAGUCUCUAUAAUGGAGAAACACAGGACUGCUUUUUUGUCCAUUUCUUGUGCUGGAUUGUUUGGUGCCAACUUGACUUUCCACGUCUUCUCAAAGGAGUUGUUCAAAUCACUAUAUCAGGCUUGGAACCAUGGAAAGCCAUUGGAGCUUUCAGAAGACUUGCAGAACCUGUUCUAUAACAUCCUCCAGGAUGUCAAAGUGAAAUCAGCAGAUCGUUACGAUGCCAUUAAGACUUGCACAUUGCACCCUGUAAGCGCUGGUCUACCAUGGAGAGCCAAAGGCUGCAUGGUGGGCAUCCCAUAUCAUUUCAGUAAUAGAUCCGGUGGCGAACAGCAGAUUACCAAGAUAGGUGUUCACCUUAGAGGCAAGAAAGUGGACUGGACAAGCCCAGAGGGCCUGGCCUUGAAGGAUGCCUUGACACUUUCUCCAGAGGCUCAGAAGUUUGCCAUUGCAAGAGAGAUCAUUGAUUUGCAACAAAAUAGGCCUCUGAUAUGUGCAACACUUGGUCCCAUUUGUCUGGCUGGGUCCUAUAUUUCUGGAGUAACUGUAAAGCAGGUCUUGGGUUUAUAUUAUGCUCCAGUACUACUUCGAAGCAUUUACAACAUGGCAGUUGUGGCAGUUGGGCUGAUGGGCUAUUGUCUGUUAUAUGAUACCGUAAGCCAGGCAUUCGAUUAUAGGACAGACAGAAAGGCAGCUUCCAUUUCUCCCAGUUUUGCUAGAGGUGGGGUGGAAUUCUACGAUAAAGUUUUGUCACAGAAUAAAGCUUUUCGGACUAUCUUGGGUAAAGAAGGUAAGCAAAUAUAUGCUUCAAAUGGUAAUAUUCUCCCAAAGUUCAGAUUAAAACACCCAUCGUACACUUCCAGAAGAAACCUCAUUAGUAAUACCUUAAACAUACCCCAGGCACAGGAAAAACAUGAUUAAAAGUUAAGAUAAUAAAUUAUGGCUAUUUUUUUUUUUAAAUUGCAGCCUGGCUUUGGUUUUCUUAAAAUGUCAUUACUGUUAAUAUAUGAAAAAAAUAAGAUUGGUGGUAUUAUCUGGCUCCAGCUUUCCAUGGAUUAAAUAAA